AUGGACGCCGAGUUUCCUCCAGCUGCUUCGGAUCCUGCGUCCUUCGCCUGUCUCCGCAAGCGCUCGCCUCCGCCUGCCAAUUCCUCCGGUCUCGCCUCCUCAGAUCCUGUGUUCAGCAGCUCGACGCCUGCGCAUUCCUCCGCGACUCCGGGGCCCGGGUGUCUUUACACCGCCCCUGGGUGCGGCGCCGGUUCCGCUGGUCCUGAACCCGGUCCUCUCCCCCCCGCGGGCAUGAUGUCUUUGACUUCUUCCCCUCUUGCGCGUCUUCCUCAAGAAGUACCUUUCUCCGCCUCCUCGCUUUCGGCUGUGCAUGCUGUGCCUUCUCCCUCGUGCUACCUUCCGUCCUUCCACCCGCCGUCUUGCACCUGCCGCCUCGAGGUCGGUUCUUGUGGGCUCUGUCCAGUGCCCUGUUGCUACGUGACGGAGGCUGCCGAGGCCCGCGUUUCGCUCCUCGAGUUUCCGCUCUCUCACCGCCUGCGCGCGCCACCCCACACGGAGACAGCGCCCUUUCCCGUGCUCUCGCUCGCUGCCCAGGUCUGUCCGUUCAACUGUCUGGCGCCUCCGCCUCCAGGCGCCGGGUCCUGCGGCAGCGAAGUUCGCUCUUGGCGCGCAUGCCGGAAGUUGACGAGGCGAAAAGUCGACCUUGCCUCGACUCGACCUGGAGUCUCAGCGCCGUGCGUCUCCGCUCUCGCAAACGCCUCGCGAGAUACCGCCCAGAAAACUCCCCUCGCCACGCCUUCUCCCUCUCCCGCUUCUCUUAUCCAUCCAGCUGGUGCUGCGUCCCCUCCAUCUCUCGCGCAGGGUUUCGGCGAACAGGCGCCAGCGGCUGCCACUGCGCCUUCGCUUAUUGAGGGCGCCUUCUCCCGCGAAGAAGGCGCCGCUUUCCCCCAGGUCAGCUCCUCGGCCUCUGUGCGGAGCCUCGCACUCGAGGCGGAGGACCCGUCGGCCUUCCAGGCAGAAACGGCUGCGCAGGAUGGCGGCGCGCCGCCCCAGUCGCUUCCCUCCAUCGAGGACUCCGCCGCUUCGUCGCUCGCGGCAGCCGCGAGCUUGAGCCGCGAGUCUCUCGCGAUCUCCUGCGCGAGCUCUGUGCAGCGGCGAUCUCCCGUGGACGUCGCGGGCAUGCGCGUGAGUCUCUUCGAGGGUCUCUUCUUCGGGAGAAUAAUCCAUAGAGGAUUCAGCAACACUGUCUGCUUCUGCAGCUGGACCCGACCCAUCAACCUUCUCCAGGUCCCCCGCUCCGUCUCCUACGUCAACCGGCACCAUCUGCUUCUCCCUGCAGUCCAUCACGCGCAUGCUGAGAGCCUGCGCGCAGACGAGGUGCCUCGAGAGCCCCGGGAGUUCCGAGAGAUGGGAGCAAGACUGUCUGGCGAGCGCCUGUCUGUGGAGAGCGCAGUGAGCGCGGGCGAGGAGACGGGAGAGACAACAGACACUGCAGGAGAACCAGGGGAAGCGGUGAAGCGCCUGGUAGUAAAAGUGACGCACAAAGAGCGACUGACAAGUUCAGUGGAGUUGCUACGGGCACGACACGAAGUCCUCCUUCUGCAGGAACUGGACCACCCGAACGUGCUGCCGCUGCUGCUCGCGGGCGAAGACGACCGCGAGAUGUUCAUGUUCUUCGACUUUGCAACCUGCGGAGACCUCUACAGCAUCACGAAGAUGAAGACGUUCGACGAGGCAGUUGUUCGCGGAGUCUGCGCACAGAUCCUCAAAGCCCUGCAGUACAUACACCACAAAGGCGUGAUCCACUGCGACAUCAAACCCCACAACCUCCUCGUCUUCCGACCGGCGCCGGAGGCACCCCAGGCCGGGCCGCAGGGCACAGACGCAGUGCCGCCAGUGGGGGGUGAACUGGAGCUUUCGAGAUCCGAGCCUGCACUCAGCAAGUCGCUUCCCGCAGAGAGAGGGGAGAAAGGUUACGGAGGGUCGCAGGACGAGCGGGAUGUGGAGAUGCACGGGCAGGAACCGGCGACUUCUCUCUCGGCACCCGCCCUCAUUUCUCGAACGAACGGAUGCGCUCCUGUCGCUGCGGAACUCGACAAGGUCGUCAUCAAAGUCUGCGACUUCGGCUUAGCGCAACACUUCCAACGUGGACAGAUGAUCCAGUGCGACGAGCUUCGAGGCAGUCACGGAUACCUCGCGCCAGAACUUCUGCGGCGCAAGCCCUACGACGAACGCAUCGAUCUAUGGGCGGUGGGCAUCAUCGUCUUCACCAUGAUUGGAGGCUACGAGCCGUUCUAUCCUCCCAGCGAAUGCAUCAACGCCGAGCUCGAGUUCGACGACCGAUACUGGGGCUGUGUGAGUGACGAGGCGAAGGAUUUCAUAUCCCGACUCCUGGAGAAAAAUCCGCAGGAGCGCUUGCAUGCAGACGAGGCCUUGGAGCAUCCCUGGUUCGCCAACGGGCCGUAG